UUGCUUACACCCAGGAGGUGGAGGUUGCAGUGAACCAAGAUCGCUCCACUGCACUCCAGCCUGGGCGACAGCAAGACUCUGUCUCAAAUAAAAUAAGUAGGGCUUCCUUCUCAGGUCUGGCAAUAUCUGCAGUGGCACCUAGGUGAUUGACCUCAGGAUACCACAAAGGUGACAAAAACAUGUACCCUCCAACUCCUCUCCCAACAAUUCCAAUACACUUGGCAGGAAAGGUAAAGAAUGCUAGGAGUUUACAAUCAACAUUGUCUUAAGAGGUUGUGAAAGUAAAAUAAAUCUUGGGGCCCCAGAAUCACUGAGCUAAAGGGAAAAGUCAAGCUGGAACUGGUUAGGGCAAACUUGCCUCCCAUUCAAAGUUAUCCCUCUACUCACUGAGAUAAAUGCGUAACUGAUUGUCUCCUUUGAUAGGAAUACAACCAUUUGCCUCUUCUCUACCUAUGACCUGGAAGUCCCCUCCCAGCUUUGAGUUGUCCUGCUUUUACAUAUAUUGAUUGAUGUCUCUUGUCUCCCUAAAAUGUAUAAAACCAAGCUGUGCUAGGAUCACCUAGGGCACGUGUCAGGACCUCCUGAGGCUGUGUUACACGAGCAUGCCCUUAACUUUGGCAAAAUAAACUUCCGAAAUUGAGACCUGUCUCAGAUUUUGGGGGUUUACAUGGUACAGCGGGAAAACGUGGCUCUAGGGGCAGAUGUGCCAGGCCACAUAGGGCGUCCAGUAUGUGCUUAGAUUGCAAACUGGGCGCAGAAUAAAGGCUAGUCUUUGGGCUACCUUCGGCAGGUGACGGUGCCUUUCGGACUUAAAUCUUUCGGCGCUCAGCUACUCUCCCCUAGCUCCUCUCCCUUUUUCCCCAGCAGUCUCCCCGGCUAAGGGACGCUCGGUGUUCGGCCACGCCGCCUGUCGCCCGGUAGUAGGACCGGAAGUUGUUAGGGGGAUGGGGACGGCUGUAAUGGGGGGGAAUAUUUGGGGGGGCAAGUCCCUUCUCAGGUGAAGCCGCUGAUGGAGAUGGAGCCGCCGCCGCCACCACCGCCUCUGAGCGCCCGGGUCCUGGCUCCGGCCCGGCGAUUGCCGCCGCCUCAGUGACCUCACUCCCCCCGCACUGGGCCGCCCGGGCCAGAGUGGGGGACCCCUGCCGCCCCGCCUCCCUUUCCCCCAACACCGUCCCCUCUCCCCCACCCUUCACAGCCUGCGCACGCGGAGACGCCUCAGUCUACAUGGGGAGGACAGAGAAGCACAAAGAACAAGAGAAAAGAUGCAUCCAUCUGAGAUCUAAAAGGAGAAAAUGAGAAUCUCUUUAAAAUGGACAUAGAAGACUGCAAUGGCCGCUCCUAUAUGUCUGGUAUGCCUUCUGUGUGUUCUGUUUGUUAGGGGCCGGAAGCAGACACUCUCCGGUAGAGCAGAGAGCCUUCAGCCUAGGCACAUGGCCUCUAAAUGUCCUAGUCACACAGCUAACACUCAUGCUUGGUGACACUUGUUAGUGUGCAAUUAUUUUGGUGAUUUUACAUUCCCUAAAUAGUAAUUCUCUUUUCCAGACUUCUUGAGGGAUAGAGGAAGGGAAUAGGAGGAGAAUGUGAGUGGACAUCAUUAGAAGAAUGAUUUGAAGCAAAUAUAUGGAAAGAAAAUAUGGUUCCUUCUCCUAUGCUCUGAAGUCACCAGCCAAACAUGAAAUUCUGUUCUAUCCAGAUAGAGUGGCACAAGGUUUUAGACCUCAAAGACCUGCAAGGGCCAGUAGGACCAAUGAAGGAAUUAUUGGCAUGCACUAAAGGAGAUAGCAAGAUGGGUCAGAAACACAUAUGAGAGUCAUUGGCAACACCCGGGUAAUGUAAGGUAAGAUGUUGACUCUGACCCCUUUCUUGUUUAAGGAGGGAAGGAGUUGGAAUGGGUAAAGGCAUUCAAUACCUGCUACAUGCUUGACAGAAUGACAGGGAUCAGGUAGACUCAUUUAAUUAGAAGAGACUUUAUUUGAACAAAAGUCACGGCCCUUGUGAGGAGCAAGCCAGUCCUACUACCUCCUCCUUAGUUAAGCCUAUUCAGAAAACCACUACUGUGCAACAAGUACACUCGGGACCCUGUUUAGUGCUGGGGAACACUCGGAUAAAAUCCAGUCCCUGCCAUAAAGCAGGCAAAUAAGAAACUACAAAUCCCGUGGAGCUCUUUUCAGACCUGUUCAUGGAGAAUAUUGGAUGCUCGUGGAAAACUUCUAAGGUGAUUUGCUUCACUGUGCUAUGAAACCAAGCUUUCCCUGCUUUUGGCAGAUUGGCAUUUCCUAGAUAAUAAGUGGCCUCUGCACAGGAUGGUUUUUGAACGGAAGUGGAGGCCAGGAACUCCUCAUCUGUACUCUGAGAAUUCUAGAUGUCAGCAGCUACCUUAGAAAGGGAAAGGGGAAAGUCAAGGUAGGGCUACCAUUAGCUCUGAAAAGUACCCCUCUUAGGACUGGGCAUAGCUGCCCUCAUCACUGACCCCUCUCUCCUGGAAGAGUCAUAUGGAAGCAGAGGGAAAGGCUGCAGCACGCAGCUCCCCUGAAGCACACUGCGGGCCUCCACAGGCCAUCACAGCUCUUCUGCUCCACUACCGGUGACCUUCCUGCAUCUGGCCACUUGAUGAAAAGGGUAUCUCUCUUGCUCUUCCAAGAGAUUUGAAUUCCUCCAGAACCUGAUUCAGAAAAUCCGUCUUUUCUCCCUUUUUCUCUUUUUAAAGGUACAGAUUAUUCCCUUCUGGAACAGGGAAGAGGGGGAGAUAAGCAGGAGUCUAUUUUAUGGCACAGAUAACCACCCCUCCAUUUCCCUACCUUUCAAGCAAAACAGAGUUGCCCAAACCCAGCUGAUGCCAUUAAUCGACUGAGCAGUGAGUUUUCUGAGACUAUGAAAUGCUUAAGAGAACUUUAGUAGAAAGGGAUUCAGGGGUAGGCAGCCCAAAGUUUCAGAGCCCCGCCCACCCCCAAAUUCUUGGAAUCAGAAAAUGUAGUCUUCCAAAGUAGGUCAGUUUGUCAGUGAGCAGCUCCUCUGAAAGGGAAGGGAGCAGAGGCCUUGUCCUGAUAGAGGGUGGAUUCAUCCAGGGCUUUCGGCUGCUGGGGCCCCAGGGGCACAGGAGGGAGGGGAGGUGGGGAGCCUUUUUGCCGCAGAUCUGAAAGGUCUCAGGGCCCUAGAGCAACGCUAGCCUGACACCAGACUGUGCUGGGCCCUCUCGCUGCUGGAAAGGAGGGGGCUGUCAGUCCCCAGAUCUAGAGAGCAACCUUCCUCCUGGAGGAGGAGGGAAAGAGUUUGGUGGGGGAGGGGCUUUCUGCCCAAUCUGAGAGCCUUGAAGCUGUCCGUGUCCUGGGCCCCAUGACCUCUGGGGCCUUGGCUUCCCCAGCUGGCACAGGAUUGGGCCUUCCCUGGGGCCCCCCUUUUCUCCCUCCCACCCGCAGGCCCAUCCAUCUCUCUCUCUCUCUCUCUCUCUCUCUCUCUCCCUCUCUCUUGCACACAGUCUUGCCUCUCUCAGGCAUUUGUUGUGCAGUUCCUCUUUGUCUGCUGGGCACGAGGGCAACGACAUCUGCCUUUCCCUCCCUGUGCACACACCCACCCCCUAUCCCCUUCAAUGUCUUGGAAAAGGGAUGCUGUAGCCUAGCAUCUCCCCCACCAUACACACAUAUACAUUCUCUCCAGCCCCCUCCCCAAGCACAUCCAAGCGUGCUCUCCCCUCUCCCUCUCCCUCUCUCUGUGCCUCUCUCCCUCUCUCUUUCUCUCUCUCUCUCUCACACAUACACACACACACACACUCAACACACAUACACCCUGGGCUGAGCUGCUCUUGCUGGCUGCAGCCGUGGGCCUCUGCUCACCGUGCUGCUGCUGCUGCUGCUGCUGCCUGCGAAAUGACGGCGGGUCCCCUCACUUCCAGGAAUCCACGCUUCCUGGAAGGUGAGUGGCUGGGCUCACCCCUGCCUGCCACUGAGACGCAGACAUGCAUACACCACCCGCACUCCCUCGCCGUUUCCAAGGCGGCGGCCGCGUUCGCACCCCAGGGUCUCACCGGCAAGGGAAGGAUAAUCUGGAGAGGGAUCCCUCAGGAGGGUGUGUUCCGGAUUUCUUGCCUCAGGCCCAAGACUCCAACCAUUUUAUAAUGGAAUCUUUAUUUUGUGAAAGUAGCGGGGACUCAUCUCUGGAGAAGGAGUUCCUUGGGGCCCCAGUGGGGCCCUCGGUGAGCACCCCCAACAGCCAGCACUCUUCUCCCAGCCGCUCACUCAGUGCCAACUCCAUCAAGGUGGAGAUGUACAGCGAUGAGGAGUCGAGCAGACUGCUGGGGCCAGAUGAGCGGCUCCUGGAAAAGGACGACAGUGUGAUUGUGGAAGACUCAUUGUCUGAGCCCUUGGGCUACUGUGAUGGGAGUGGGCCAGAGCCUCAUUCUCCUGGGGGCAUCCGGCUGCCUAAUGGCAAGCUCAAGUGUGACGUCUGCGGCAUGGUCUGCAUUGGACCCAAUGUACUCAUGGUGCACAAGCGCAGCCACACUGGUGAAAGGCCCUUCCACUGCAACCAGUGUGGUGCCUCCUUCACCCAGAAGGGGAACCUGCUGCGCCACAUCAAGCUUCACUCUGGGGAGAAGCCCUUUAAAUGUCCCUUCUGCAACUAUGCCUGCCGCCGGCGUGAUGCACUCACUGGCCACCUCCGCACACACUCAGUCUCAUCUCCCACAGUGGGCAAGCCCUACAAGUGUAACUACUGUGGCCGGAGCUACAAACAGCAGAGUACCCUGGAGGAGCACAAGGAGCGGUGCCAUAACUACCUACAGAGUCUCAGCACUGAAGCCCAAGCUUUGGCUGGCCAGCCAGGUGACGAGAUACGUGACCUGGAGAUGGUGCCAGACUCCAUGCUGCACUCAUCCUCUGAGCGGCCAACUUUCAUUGAUCGUCUGGCCAACAGCCUCACCAAACGCAAGCGUUCCACACCCCAGAAGUUUGUAGGCGAAAAGCAGAUGCGCUUCAGCCUCUCAGACCUCCCCUAUGAUGUGAACUCGGGUGGCUAUGAAAAGGAUGUGGAGUUGGUGGCACACCACAGCCUAGAGCCUGGCUUUGGAGGUUCCCUGGCCUUUGUGGGCGCAGAGCAUCUGCGUCCCCUCCGCCUUCCACCCACCAAUUGCAUCUCAGAACUCACACCUGUCAUCAGCUCUGUCUACACCCAGAUGCAGCCCCUCCCUGGUCGACUGGAGCUUCCAGGAUCCCGAGAAGCAGGUGAGGGACCUGAGGACCUGGCUGAUGGAGGUUCCCUCCUCUACCGGGCCCGAGGCCCCCUGACCGACCCUGGGGCAUCCCCCAGCAAUGGCUGCCAGGACUCCACAGACACAGAAAGCAACCACGAAGAUCGCGUUGCGGGGGUGGUAUCCCUGCCUCAGGGUCCCCCACCCCAGCCACCUCCCACCAUUGUGGUGGGCCGGCACAGUCCUGCCUACGCCAAAGAGGACCCCAAGCCACAGGAGGGGUUACUGCGGGGCACCCCAGGCCCCUCCAAGGAAGUGCUUCGGGUGGUGGGAGAGAGUGGUGAGCCUGUGAAGGCCUUCAAGUGUGAGCACUGCCGUAUCCUCUUCCUGGACCACGUCAUGUUCACUAUCCACAUGGGCUGCCAUGGCUUCAGAGACCCUUUUGAGUGCAACAUCUGUGGUUAUCACAGCCAGGACCGGUACGAAUUCUCCUCCCACAUUGUCCGUGGGGAGCAUAAAGUGGGCUAGCAACCUCUUCCUCUCCCCUCAGUCCACCACUCCACUACCCUGCCUGUAGGCAUCUAUCCCUGUCCCCACCAUUUCCCAAGGAGUUUUCCUUUGUAGCCCCCACUACUGGCUACCUGACCUCACACCUGACCCUGAUCGCUCCUCACCUAUUCUCCUCCUCUAUCCUGACCGAUUUAAGCAUUGUGAUGAAACAGGUCUUUUGCUUAUGUUUUUCCUUUUUCUCUUCUCUUAUCCCAGCAUACAGAGUUAUUUAUUAAUUAGUUGAUUUUUUUGCCUUUUUUUUUUUUUUUUUUUUUUUUUUUACUUAUAUCAGUUGCUUGCCACUCCCUGACCCUCCUGCCCACAGCUCCUUUCCACUUUAAGCCAAUUUUUCUCUUAGAUCUUCCAGCAGCCCCAGGGGUAGGAAGCUCCUCUUAGUACUAAGAGAUUUCAAUCUUCUUGCUUUAAGUCCUCACCUUUUACAUUACCUAAUCCUUCAGUUUUGAUGCUGAUACCUCCCCCUGGUCCUACCUUAGCUCUGUGGCAUUAUGUCUCCUCUCUGGGACUCUUCAACCUGGUACUCCAUACCUCUUGUGCCCUCUCACUUUAGGCAGCUUGCACUAUUCUUGAAUGAAUGAAGAAUUAUUUCCUCAUUUGGAAGUAGGAGGGGCUGAAGAAAUUCUCCCCAGGCACUGUGGGACUGAGGGUCCUCUUGACGUUCCUCUAGUAAUAGGAGUUCUCAAAGCCUACAUUCAGGAUCUCCCUCUAGGGUGUGAUAGAUCUGGUCCCUCUCCUUGAACAACCCUCCACACUGCUCUAGUCCCUUCAACCUAUGGGUCUAUUCAGUGGUGGCUUUUCUCUCCUUGGAGUGCCCCAAUUUUAUAUUCUCAGGGGCCAAGGCCAGGUCUGCAACCCUCUGUCUCUGACACAUUGGGAGCCACAGGUGCCUAAUUAGGAACCAGGACAUGGGAAAGGGGUGGGUCAAAAUUCUUCUCUUUCUCCUUCACCCCUCAAACUUCUUCACUAGUGACCUUCCUAGGCUCUCAGGGGCCCCUCCAGUCCCCAUCCUAUGAGAAACUAGUGGGUUGCUGCCUGAUGACAAGGGGUUGUCUCCGCCCCUCAGUCAUGCUGCCUUCUGCUGCUCCCUCCCAGCAGGAUUCACCCUCUCAUUCCCGGGCUCCUGGGCCCUGUUCUUAGGAUCAGUGGCAGGGAGAAACGGGUAUCUCUUUUCUCUCUUCUAAUUUUCAGUAUAACCAAAAAUUAUCCCAGGAUGAGCAUGGGCAUGUGCCCUUCACCCCAUUCCACCCUUGUUCCAGCAAGAAUGGGAUGGGUACAACUGAACUGGGGUCAUCCUUUACUGUCCCCUUCUGCACUCAGCUCCCAGACACAGGGUAGAGGGGGUACUCCUCCUGGCUACUGCAGAGACCCCUGGCUAUUUGAGUAACCUAGAAUUAGUGAGAAGGGGCAGAAGGAGAUACAACCCCACUGCAAAUGGAGGUCUCUUCCUAUAAGAGUUUUCUGCCCGAGGCCACAGCCAUCCCACUCUCUGCUUCCUUGAGAUUCAAACCAAAGCCUGUUUUUCUAUGUUUAAAGAAAAAAAAAAAAAGUAAAAACCAAACACAACACCUCACAAGUUGUAACUCUUGGUCCUUCUCUCUCUCCUUUUCUCUUUCCUUCCUUCCCCUUUCAUCUUUCUUUCCACAUGUCCUUUCCUAUUGGCUCUUUUGCCUCCUACUUUUCUCACUCCCUAUCAGGGAUAUUUUAGGGGGGAUGGUAAAGGGUGGGCUAAGGAACAGACCCUGGGAUUGGGGCUCCUAAGGGCUCUGAAAGGAGACUACCUUACCUUCUUAUGGGAAGAGAGACCCUAAAAAACUUUCUCCUCUUUGUCCUCCUUUUUCUCCCCGACUAUGAGGUUUCCCCAAGAGAACCAGAUUGGCAGGGAGAAGCAUUGUGGGGUGAUUGUUCCCCCUUGACAAUGUAGCAAUAAAUAGAUGCUGCCAAGGGCAGAGAAUGGGGAGGUUAGCUCAGAGGAGAGUGGUCUCUAGAGAAAGGAAGAAUCCUCAACAGCACCCAGGGGUGCUAGCUCCUUUUUAGAAUGUCAGCAGAGCUGAGAUUAGUUUCUGGGCUUUUCCUGAACUAUUCUGGUUAUUGAGCCCCUUCCUAUUAGAUCUACCCGUCCCACCUCUUCUGUGUCUGCUGUGUAUUUGGUGACACUUCAUAAGGACAAGUCCCUUCUGGGGUAUCAGAGCCUUAGGGUUCCUCCAUCCCCUUCCCCAGUCAGCUGUGGCACCUGUAACCUCCCGGAACAUGAAGGACUAUGCUCUGAGGCUGUACUCUGUGCCCAUGAGAGCAGAGACUGGAAGGGCAAGACCAGGUGCUAAGGAGGGGAGAGGGGGCAUCCUGUCUCUCUCCAGACCAUCACUGCACUUUAACCAGGGUCUUAGGUACAAAAUCCUACUUUUCAGAGCCUUCCAGCUCUGGAACCUCAAACAUCCUCAUGCUCUCUCCCAGCUCCUUUUGCAUAAAAAAAAAAAAGUAAAGAAAAAGAAAAAAAAAAUACACACUGAAACCCACAUGGAGAAAAGAGGUGUUUCCUUUUAUAUUGCUAUUCAAAAUCAAUACCACAAACAAAAAACUUUCUAAAUAGACACUUUUCCAGACCUUUUUUUUUGUGUCAGUGUCCAAGCUGCAGAUAGGAUUUUGUAAUACUUCUGGCAGCUUCUUUCCUUGUGUACAUAAUAUAUAUAUAUAUAUAUAUAUAUAUUUUUAAUCAGAAAUUAUGAAGAACAAAAAGAAAAAAUAAACACAGAAGCAAGUGCAAUACCACCUCUCUUCUCUCUCUCCUAGGGUUUCCUUUGUAGCCUAUGUUUGGUGUCUCUUUUGACCUUUACCCCUUCACCUCCUCCUCUCUUCUUCUGAUUUCCCUUCCCCCCCUUUUUUAAAGAGUUUUUCUCCUUUCUCAAGGGGAGUUAAACUAGCUUUUGAGACUUAUUGCAAAGCAUUUUGUAUAUGUAAUAUAUUGUAAGUAAAUAUUUGUGUAACGGAGAUAUACUACUGUAAGUUUUGUACUGUACUGGCUGAAAGUCUGUUAUAAAUAAACAUGAGUAAUUUAACACC